CCUUCACCUUCUUCCCAUUGUUUCUUUCCACCAUGUCUGUCGGUACUAUCUACUCCUAUCCCCAGAACCCCCGCGUCUUCAAGGCCCUUGUUGUUGCCAAGUACAACGGCCUUGAGGUCAAGGUUGAUGACUCAUUCGAAAUGGGCAAGACCAACACGACCGCUGAGUGGAUCGCCAAGUUCGGUGCUUCUCAGAUCCCUGCUUUCGAGGGUACUGAUGGCACCAUCAUCAUCGAGUCCGGUGCUAUUGCUUACUAUCUCGCCCACUUGAAGUCCGAUUCCACUUUGAUUGGCCGCUCCAACACCGAAGAGACCUACAUCCAGCAAUGGGUUCAGUUUGUCGACUGCCAGAUUGUCCCUAGCCUCAGUGGUUGGUUGUACCCUAUCUUGGGCUACAGCACCUACAACAAGGUCUUCGAAACUCAGGUAAUUGAGAGGCUCCAACACCAUCUCAAGACCCUUGAGCGUCACUUGACCAAGAAGACCUACUUGGUUGGCGAGCGUGUCACUCUUGCCGAUAUCGCGGGUGCUACCGGUCUCUACCACGGAUACAAGCUCCUCUUUGACGCCGAGUUCCGUAAGAGCUUCCCUGCUGUCACUCGUUGGUUCACCACCAUUGUCAACCAGAGCAACUUCAAGGCUGUUGCUGGUGACUUUGUCUUCUGCGAGAAUGCCCUCAAGUACACUGCACCCAAGAAGGAGAGCACCAAAGAGAAGAAGCCCAAGGAGGAGAAGCCCAAGGAGGCCCCCAAGCCCAAGGCUAAGGAACCCGAGCCAGAGGAGGAGGUCCAAGAGGCCCCCAAGCCAAAGUCCAAGUUGGACCUCUUGCCCCCUGCUAAGAUGCCUUUGGAUGAGUGGAAGCGCCAAUACUCUAACAAUGACACUCCUGUUGCCAUGAAGUGGCUCUGGGAGAAUAUUGACCUCACCACUGACUACUCGAUCUGGAAGGUCGACUACAAGUACAACGAUGAGCUCACCAAGUUGUACAUGUCCAACAACUUGGCUGGUGGUUUGAUGAACCGUCUCGAGCGUGCUCGCAAGUACGCUUUUGGCUGCUUGGUCGUUGCUGGCGAGGACAAUGCUAACAUCAUCACUGGUUACUUCAUUGUUCGUGGCAAUGCCGAGGAGAUGAUUGAGGAGAUCACCGAUGCUGCUGACUAUGAGUCCUACACUUGGAUCAAGGUCAACGUUGAUGAGGAGGAGAAGAAGAAGAUCGACCAGGUCUUUGCCUGGGAAGGUUCCGUCGAUGGCAAGCCCAUCCAGGACGGAAAGGUCUUCAAGUAAACACCUUUUGUAUUAUAUCGUCAAUGCAUUGACUGAUCAAACCACAAACCAAAAUAAAAAGGAGAAUAAAAAUCCCCACGAUGUACAGUACAUUAUUAUUAACAAAA